AUGAAUUCAACUCCGGAUCUAAUAUCUCCACAAAAAUCCAAUUCAUCCAAUUCAUAUGAGUUGGAAUCUAGUCGUUCGAGAGCAAUGAACACUCCAGAAGGUAAAAAUGAAAGCUUUCACGACAACUUGAGUGAAAGCGAAGCACAACCUGCUGUCCCACCUCCAAACACUGGUAAGGGCGCCUAUGUCACUGUUUCUAUUUGUUGUGUUAUGGUUGCUUUCGGUGGUUUCAUUUUCGGUUGGGAUACUGGUACCAUUUCUGGUUUUGUUGCUCAAACUGAUUUCUUAAGAAGAUUCGGUAUGAAGCAUCACGACGGUUCUCACUACUUGUCUAAGGUUAGAACUGGUUUAAUUGUCUCUAUUUUCAACAUCGGUUGUGCCGUUGGUGGUAUUCUUUUGGCCAGACUGGGUGACAUGUACGGUCGUAGAAUCGGGCUUAUUGUCGUUGUUGUUAUUUAUACUAUUGGUAUCAUUAUUCAAAUUGCCUCCAUUGACAAGUGGUACCAAUAUUUCAUUGGUAGAAUUAUCUCUGGUUUAGGUGUUGGUGGUAUUACCGUUUUGUCACCCAUGUUAAUUUCAGAGGUUGCCCCUAGUGAAAUGAGAGGUACAUUAGUUUCAUGUUACCAAGUUAUGAUUACCUUAGGUAUUUUCCUGGGUUACUGUACUAAUUUCGGUACCAAGAAUUACUCUAACUCUGUGCAAUGGAGAGUCCCCUUGGGGUUGUGUUUCGCCUGGGCUUUGUUUAUGAUCGGUGGUAUGAUGUUUGUUCCAGAAUCUCCACGUUACUUAGUUGAAGUUGGAAAAAUCGACGAAGCCAGAGCUUCUCUUGCCAAGGUUAACAAAUGUCCACCAGACCAUCCAUUUAUCCAACAUGAGCUGGAAUCUAUUGAAGCUAGCGUUGAAGAAAUGAAAUCUGCUGGUACUGCAUCUUGGGGUGAAUUGUUUACUGGUAAACCUGCCAUGCUCCAACGUACUAUGAUGGGUAUUAUGAUUCAAUCUCUACAACAAUUGACUGGUGACAACUACUUCUUCUACUACGGUACUAUUGUUUUCAAGGCUGUCGGUUUACAGGAUUCUUUCGAAACUUCUAUUGUCUUUGGUGUUGUUAAUUUCUUUUCCACCUGUUGUUCCCUAUACACAGUCGACCGUUUUGGCCGUCGUAACUGUUUGAUGUGGGGUGCUGUUGGUAUGGUCUGCUGUUACGUUGUCUACGCUUCUGUCGGUGUCACUAAAUUAUGGCCAGAAGGUCAAAAUGGUCCUUCAUCUAAGGGUGCUGGUAACUGUAUGAUUUGUUUCGCCUGUUUCUAUAUUUUCUGUUUCGCCACCACUUGGGCUCCAAUUGCUUACGUUGUUAUUUCUGAAUGUUUCCCAUUGAGAGUCAAGUCCAAGUGUAUGUCCAUUGCCAGUGCGGCCAACUGGAUCUGGGGUUUCUUGAUUAGUUUCUUUACCCCAUUUAUCACUGGUGCCAUUAACUUCUACUACGGUUACGUUUUCAUGGGCUGUAUGGUUUUCGCAUACUUCUAUGUCUUCUUCUUUGUUCCAGAAACAAAGGGUCUAUCAUUAGAAGAAGUCAAUGACAUGUAUGCCGAAGGUGUUUUGCCAUGGAAGUCUGCUUCCUGGGUGCCUGCCUCUAAGAGAGGUACCGAUUAUAAUGCUAAUGACCUAAUGCACGACGACCAACCAUUUUACAAGAGUAUGUUUAGUAGGAAAUAA